CUUCUCGUUGCAAAACGGGAGAACAUGGCGACCUCCUGUGUGCUUGCACUUGAGGGAAUUAUUUCUUAAUUUACUGAAUACACCGCCCACCAUAUUUCUCCAGAUUUAAUCGUUGACGAUGUCCCUACGACCCCGGCGUGUUGAUUUUGACACAACUUGGGUCAAUUUGCUGGAAACUGUGAAGGGGGUAAUAACUUGUGCCCAGGUACCCCGAGCUACCUGGAACGACAGAUUCUCAGAUGUAUAUGCCCUGUGUGUAGCCUGCCCUGAACCCCUAGGGGACCGGCUUUACCAAGAGACUAAGAACUUCCUGGAAGCCCAUGUAGAGACUCUACAUAAGAAUGUUGUGGACGGUGGAGAAAAGAAUUUCCUGUCUCUGUACCACACACACUGGGUACAGUACAGUAAAGGGUCCAGCUUCCUCAACCAGCUGUAUGGGUACCUAAACACGACCUAUAUAAAGAAACAGAAGUAUAGUGAUGCUGACCUUAGCUAUGGCGGGUUCUCUAUCGAAUCCUCUGACCAGAUGCUGGAGAUCGGAGAGCUUGCAUUGGACACCUGGAAGCGUCUGAUGGUAGAACCGUUGAAGGAUGCGCUGGUGCGUCUGAUUUUGAUUGACGUGUGGCAGGACCGAUGUAACGGCACAGUCAACCAGACCAUUCUCCAUGGUGUCAUCAAUUCAUUUGUGAAUGUAGAGGACUACAAAAAGAAGCAUCCCCUACAACUGUAUGAGGAUAUAUUCGAGAAGCCGUUCCGGAAGGAGACGGGUGACUACUACAGACAGGAAGCAGCCAAAUUGAAGGAUGAGUGUAAUUGUUCGGAAUACAUGGAAAAAGUUAUAUUUAGGUUAGACAAUGAGGAUUUCCGUAGUCGGAAGUUCCUUCACCCGAGUUCGUACAAUAAGAUCACGUUUGAGUGCCAACAACGUAUGGUGGCUGACCACUUACAGUUUCUACACGGCGAAUGUAAGGAGAUGGUCAAGCUGAAACACACUAAAGACUUGUCCAAUAUGUAUCGACUACUUAAGCCUAUAAAUGGUGGACUCGGCGUCCUGAUACAGGAGGUGGAGUCCCAUAUUCGGCGGACAGGACUCGAGGCAGUCAAAAACCUUAAGGGUGAAAAUAUACCAGCCCAGUUUGUGGAGUCUAUGUUGGAGGUACACAAGCAUUACACAGAGCUUAUACAGCAGACGUUUCAGACUGAUCAACAGUUUGUAGGAGCUCUAGACAAGGCUUGUGCUGCGGCGAUAAACUACCGACACAAUCCUAAACACCCAUGUAAAUCAGCUGAGCUGGUGAGUACACGGGUCCAGUAUAGAUGUAAAUCAGCUGAGCUGCUUGCUAAAUACUGUGAUAACUUACUAAAGAAGAGUUCUAAGGGAAUCUCUGAGAUGGAGUUGGAUGACAAAUUGUCUAGCUGUAUUACCGUCUUUAAAUAUUUGGAUGAUAAGGAUGUUUUCCAGAGGUUUUACUCGCGGAUGUUGGCCAAGAGGUUAAUAUUCUCACAGUCUGCGUCAAUGGAUGCUGAGGAAGCCAUGAUUAAUAAACUCAAGCAAGCUUGCGGGUACGAGUUCACCAAUAAGUUGCACCGAAUGUUUACAGAUAUGAGUAUAAGUAUGGGCCUCAACAACGACUUCAGCGACUUCAUCAGAAACAAGGACAAUGAGGACCUCGGUGUCAAUUUCACCAUCAUGGUGUUACAGGCAGGAGCUUGGCCUAUCGGACAAAGUAACCUUCCAACUUUUGCCAUUCCGCAGGAGUUAGAACGUAGUGUGAGAAUGUUUGAAACAUUCUAUAAUGGAAAAUUUAGUGGUAGAAAAUUGACGUGGAUGCAUAAUUUCUGUAGUGCUGAGUUAAAAUUUAACUACCUGAAGCGACCAUUCAUCGUUACCAUGGGAACGUUCCACAUGGCAAUGUUACUGCUUUAUAACACCUGUGAUAGACUGACCUUCACAGAGCUCAUGGAUAACACAAAGUUACCAGAGAAAGAGCUCGUCAAGCAGAUCCAGGGGCUCAUUGACACGAAGCUUGUUAUUGUUACGGGAGACAAGGAUGAUCUAUGUCGAUGUUCCUUUGACCUCAAUAUGGAGUACACAAAUAAACGUACGAAGUUCAAAAUCGCAAGCACUGGUCAACGAGAGUCUCCGCAGGAAGUAGAAAGUACCCACAAUGCAGUAGAUGAGGACAGAAAGAUGUAUCUACAAGCAGCCAUUGUCCGAAUCAUGAAGGCGAGAAAGAUCCUAAAACACACCAUGUUGAUACAGGAGGUGAUCAGCCAGGCCCGAGCGCGGUUCACUCCCAAUAUUCCCAUGAUUAAAAAGUGUAUAGAAGCUUUGAUAGACAAACAGUAUCUGGAACGGACUCCCAACUCGUCAGACGAGUAUCGCUACGUAGCAUAGCAUCACUUAGCAACCGGUAGGGUUGGUGGUUAGGACAAUGUGAUACUUGGAAAUGCUGUCUUCAUUGUUUUGUUAACAUAUUUCCUGGAUUAACGAAGGACAGAAUGUUUACGCUGGAAUGGAUGGAAAAAGAAUGUGAUAGUGAUUUUCAUGUGAUUCGUGUCAUACAAUCCGUAGAGUGGACAUAUUAUAUGUGUGAAAGUGAUCAUGCUACACAAAUUUCUUCAGUGGAAUAUUACUUGUGUAAUACAAGGUUGGGUGAUGGUUUUCACCUUCACUGAAUUCAUAAGCCAUUGAGAAACAACAGUUUGUGAUGUUUUAUGAAAAAUUUGAAAUCUAAUAUUAAUUUCUAAAUCAUGGCCAUAUGUGAUCUCUCUCCAAAUCUCAAGUGGUAGGUUGGCUUGUUUUGAUUUGCUUGAACGUCAACACAGAUUAUAGAAAAUGUCUCAAUCUAACAGAUGUUAAUUCGUUUCUGGAAUUCUGACAAAUUUCCCUAAAGAUUGUUUCAUCAAUUUUUAGCUGGAAAAAAAAAUGUAAUUUUAUUGUCUACUUUAAGUUCAAAAUGAGGCAGUAUUCUGAAGUCCCCGUGAUAUGAUGAUGUGACCUAGUUCCGACCAGUUGUGGCUGUGACCUAGUUAACAAAUAUUGAUAUAUAAACCAACGUUAAGGUUGAAAUCUUUGACCUUUGAACUCUUACUGGAGUCAUGACCUCUAAAUUAUAUUAAAAGAAGAUUUUGUACAAUGUCAUGUAUAUGCAUUUGAAAUAAAUGUUGUUGUCAUAGAGACAAUGACAUCAAAAUA